CUGCAACAAAAUAAAUCUCUUGAAGCAUCUUCUGCAACACAACACUUCCUCCAGCGAUCUACAGAGAGAAGCCUGAAAAAAAGAGUCCUGCACAAGCAUCUCAAAGACCGCGUUCGUGGUGUCUUUAAAUGACAACGAUGAUGACCUCUAAUACCACUCCUUGGGAAAUGAACAGCACUCUCUUCUAUAACUACACAUCUGAUGAAGCUGAGAAUAAGGGUUGCUGUUUAUAUGAAGGAUAUGAGAAAUAUUUUCUCCCUGCACUCUACUCCCUGUUCUUUGUGGUGGGCUUCAUUGGAAAUGCGCUGGUGGUGUGGGUCAUCACGGUGGGCGUUCAGCUGAAAAGCACCACCGAUGUGUGCCUUCUGAACCUGGCUCUGGCUGACAUUCUCCUGGUCCUGUCUCUUCCCUUCCAGGCCUACCAAAUGAAGCACGACUGGAUUUUUGGUGAUGUUAUGUGCACCUUGAUUUUUGGCAUUUACUCUGUUGGGUUCUAUGGUAGCAUCUUCUUUAUUGUGCUGAUGAGCAUCGACAGGUACUUGGCCAUCGUCCAUGCCGUUCUUGCCUUAAGGGUCAGAACUAGGGUCUGCGGGAUUGUGUCCAGUAUGGUAAUCUGGGUCUUAGCUGUUGCUGCAUCUUUCCCAGAGCUGUUGUUCAUCAGAGUUAAGAAGACACAUACUGAGGAACAUUGUGUUGCAUAUCUUAAUGAUUGGGGCUUGGAUAUGUUUAGAAUUUUUAAAAGGAACAUUGUGGGUCUGCUGGUUCCACUGAUCAUUGUGGGAUUCUGCUACUCGAUGAUACUGCGGAAGCUCCACGGCUCUCACUCAUCCAAGAAACACUCCAUCUGCCUCAUGAUCCUGGUCAUGGUGGUCUUCUUCUGCUGCUGGACGCCUUAUAACAUUGCAUAUCUCCUCUACGUUCUGUUAUUUAUGGGUGUAAUACCUCGAGAAUGUGAGAUCCUAAAAGGGAUUUUACUGACUCUAAAUACCACGAGAGCAGUGGUGUUCUUACACUGCUGCCUGAAUCCCUUCAUCUACAUUUUUGUGGGAGAAAAGUUUAGAAAGCAUCUUAUCAGGCUCAUCAGGGCACGUCUGCGCAUCUGCCGCUCCAGACUGUAGUCUUGGUCUAUUUGUAUUCUAUCUGUAUUGAUUACCUGCAGGGAAAUUGUAGUAAAAAUAUCAAAAAAGGUAAUACACAGAAAUAAACAGAAACACGGGCAAAUAAAAAAUAUAUAGAUUCUGGACAAAACCAGAUAUAAUACUUGGCUGGGAGUGAGUGAAGUGCAGGGGUAUAUAUAGUAAAACAGGUGAAAUCGUGAGUGAAUGGGUGAUGUCACUGUGUGGUGCACUCUGGGCAAUGGAGUCCAAAGAUAGGAGAUCAGUGGUAGACACAUCUGCAGGAGGAAUAGAAGCACUUUCUGCACCUGGUGUAACACACAAUAUUCACAAUCUAGUGCGGGACUAAAUAUUAAUGUCAUUUGUAAUAGCAGGACAUCAUAUGCAGCUCUGAAAAAAAAAUAGUUUUUUGAUUUUACCAAAUUGAAAUCCUCUGGAAUAUAAGCCAUCAAACCAAGCUGAACUGCUUGAUUUUUUGUAUCAGGAGUGUAAAGCAUAAACUUAUCCAAAAGCAGUGUGUAAGACUGGUGGAGGAGAACAUGAUGCCAUGAUGCAUGAAAACUGUGAUUAAAAAACAGGGUUAUUCCACCAAAUAUUGAUUUCUGAACGCCAUUUCUCAUUUUCUGCAAAUAAAGGCUUUAAAUGACAAUAUUUUAUUUGGAAUCUGGGAGAAAUGUUGUCUGUAGUUUAUAGAAUAAAAAAAAGCAAAAGCAGAAAAACUGAUUCAGAAACUGAAGUGCUCUCUUAAUUGUUUAAGGUUGCAAAUUCAUAAAAUUGAUAAUAAUCAUCACA